AUGAAAAGUAUCCUCAUCAGCCAGUUCCUCGACUCUGUCUCCGAAGUAACCGUGAGCACUGUGCCAUUUCCACAGCCGAACAGCAAUGAACUUCUCAUCAAGAUCAUAGCUGCUGGUGUCAAUUUUGUGGACACUCUCUACGUACGUGACAAGGUGUUCGGCAAUCAGGUUGGCUCUUACGCAGAAUACAUCACUGUCAGCCUCUCGGAUGCCGGGCAGUUGGAUAGGGUGCCUCAAGGAUGGAAGCCCACUGACGCCGCUGGCUUGGGGGCCACUCUACCUGUAUCCUACGGGGCUUUACUACUAGCUGGUGCCCCCAAGAAGGGCGCCAACCUGCUCGUCCACUCGGCCGCUGGUGGCCUAGGUGUCAUGGCUGUCCAACUCGGUGUUGCGUUGGGAUAUACUGUUCUUGGGACCGCGGGAUCGUCGUCGAAAUGCGACUAUGCCAAGUCAUACGGGGCCACCCAUUGCUUUGAUUAUAACGACAAGUCCUGGCCACAGCAUGUACUCAAGGCAACAAAUGAGGUCGGUGUCGAUGUGAUUUUCGACCCAGUGGGCCUCGUGGAUCUGAGCCUCAAAUGCAUCGCAUUCCAAGGCAAGGUGCUAGUCGUGGGGUUCGCGGGGCGAGAAGGCAACAUGGAGAAAAUCGCAAUGAACAGGGUCCUGCUGAAACAGGUUUCCUUAAUCGGAUAUCGCUAUGGAGAAACCCUGCGGCGGGAUCCUGAGGAGAAGGAGCGCAUAUGGUCGGAUCUUGGCCCGCUAAUCGCGUCCGGUCGGGUUCAGCCGACGGUGUCCAAGAUCUACAAGGGCUUGGAGAGCGUUCCCCAAGCGUUGCAUGACCUUUCAUCGCGCAAGCUAUCCGGCAAGGCUGUCAUCAAGGUGAGCGAGGACGAGACGAGAUCGCGGCUAUGA